CGAUUGGACCGGCUUCAAGUUUCUGUGAAUCUGCGGUCGUUCGGUCGGCACCAGCCCGGUUCGGCUUGAGGAGUAGACACCGACAUGUUGAUAGCUGUCAGCGCUGUCACUGGAAGCUCCGCCCCCACCAGCCGGAAACACAGAAGGAGAGGCAGAAAGCACCGCAGACCCCGAGGGGACGAGCACCGGCUGAAUGAGCUCUGUAACUCUCAGAGUCUGAGGGAAGAUGGGAGCCCGUCUCAAAUAUUGCUGCAGAGUGACCACCAGAAAGAUCUCCAGGUCCCUAAAAACCAUAACAUCUCCACAGCAGGUUCAAAGGAUCCACAUAAAUCCACCACAUUAGAACCUCAAAACCCCCACCAGACAAACCAGUCACCCCAUCUUCAGAGCCCUCAACAGACAGACCAUUCACCCACUCCUCACAGUUCUUACAAUUUAGCCAAGUCACCCAUUCAUCUGAGCCCCCACCAGACAGCUUCUUCACUUGGUUUUCAAAGCCUUUAUCAGAUAAUACAGCCACCAUGUCCUCAUAGCCCCCACCCUGUAGCUCAGUCACCCCAUCCUUGGAGUCUCCACCUGACAGCCCAGUCAUCCCAUCCCUGUAGCUCCCACCUGACGAUACCAUUCACUACAGAUAGCACAAAUGCACCUGUAGCACCACUAGUACCUUCUAAAACUACCCUCCAAACUUCCCAAUGUCUCAUCCAAUCACCUUCUGCCCCAUUAGGAAGGAUCACCCACAUUCCCAGCCAGUCACUUUCAUCAUCGUCCCUGCAGCCUGCAAAAGCUCCUCCAACUCCCCCUUCAAGCUCUACUCACUAUGACACCUCCUUGCUGACCUCAGUGACAUUUACCUCCAAUGUCUGUUCUUACCUGUGCUCCUCCUCUGCCUCCCUCCUCUGUUCUCUGGACUCAAUUGCCCCUACAUUCAGUCCCCCUCCCAUAACAUUUCAGUUAACUACACCCCCUUCAACUCAGAGCCCACCCCCACUAGAGGUAACCCCACUCCCUAUUCAUCUGCUGGGCUCUGAUGAUGAAGAGCAAGAAGACCCAACAGAUUACUGUCAAGGUGGAUAUUACCCAGUGACAAUAGGAGACCUGUUUAAUGGAAGGUACCACGUGGUCAGGAAACUGGGUUGGGGACACUUCUCUACAGUCUGGCUCUGCUGGGACUUGCACAAGAAGCGGUUUGUGGCAAUGAAGGUGGUGAAGAGUGCUCCACAUUAUACUGAGACGGCUCUGGAUGAGAUCAAACUGCUCCGAUGUGUGAGGGACAGCGACCCAUCUGACCCAUUUAGGGAAACAAUUGUCCAGCUCAUUGACGAUUUCAAGAUCUCUGGAACUAACGGUGUCCAUGUUUGUAUGGUUCUGGAAGUUUUGGGUCACCAGUUGUUAAAGUGGAUUAUUAAAUCCAACUAUAUGGGACUUCCGCUGGUCUGUGUCAAGACCAUCAUCCGACAGGUGCUGCAGGGACUUGAUUACCUCCACACCAAGUGUAAAAUCAUCCACACAGACAUCAAGCCAGAGAACAUCCUGUUGGUUGUUGAUGAUGUUUACAUCCGGAGAUUGGCAGCUGAAGCCACCAUCUGGCAAAGAGCAGGAGCUCCGCCCCCUUCUGGCUCAUCAGUUAGCACAGCUCCCAGGGCCAUGCAGGAGGGAAAAUUGUCCAAAAACAAAAAGAAAAAGUUGAAGAGAAAAGUAAAGCGUCAGCAAAGGCUCCUUGAAGAGAGACUGAUGGAUUUACAGAGGAUGGAGGAAGAGGAGGGUGUACUGAAACCUGAUGACAUGGAUGCAGACUGUCCGGUGGUCAUCAAUUGCAACACCUCUUGCUGCAGAGCCAACACCAAAGUCAGCCCAGAGUCCAACAGAUCAUGGUUGGAGGACAGAUGUAUUGACCAAGCCCCUGGACGGUUCUCAAGCCCCGCCUCUGGUCUAUCAGGCUUCUCCAGUUCUAUGAUGUCAGCAACAUCUGAGUCUGCACUUUCUACUCAGUCAGGAUUCCUGACCAAUCAGAGUCAGGUUCUGCUCGUUGCGUCUGCAGCUUUCAGCUCAUCAGAUUUUGUCAUCAACCCUCUGGAUCCUCGGAAUGCCGACAGGAUCUGGGUUAAGAUCGCUGACCUGGGAAAUGCCUGCUGGCUGCACAAACACUUCACAGAGGACAUUCAGACGAGGCAGUACAGAGCUCUGGAGGUUCUGAUUGGAGCAGAGUAUGGGCCGCCCGCUGACAUCUGGAGCACCGCCUGCAUGGCAUUUGAGCUGGCAACAGGAGAUUAUCUAUUCGAACCUCAUUCAGGAGAAGACUACACCAGAGAUGAAGAUCAUAUCGCUCACAUCAUGGAGUUACUCGGCCCGAUCCCUUUGCCCUUCGCUUUGUCUGGCAGGUACUCCAGAGAGUACUUCAACAGAACAGGUGAGAUGCCCAUCUGCAGUUAUCCAUCACUGUCCUCGGGCAGGGUGGAAGAUCUUAUAUAUUAG